AUGAAUGAUGUCAAGCAGAUUUUCUUUGAAAAGAAAAACACUAUCGUUAAGCUGGAGCCCACCUCAAAUAAUAAUUUCCAGGAAACAGGGCCAUCGAUAAUGACAAUACACGGCGCCGUUACCUCACGUCAAAAAUGGGUGAAAGAAAGUGAAUGA